GAGCCGGAAGUGGGGCGCGCGAGGUCUUAGGGCGCCAGGGAAGUGGCAGGCGGGGACUGAGGCGGGGCGUGCAGGUAGCCGGCCGGCCGGGGGUCGCGGGCAUGGCCGAGGCCAGGAAGCGGCGGGAGCUACUUCCCCUGAUCUACCACCAUCUGCUGCGGGCUGGCUAUGUGCGUGCGGCGCGGGAAGUGAAGGAGCAGAGCGGCCAGAAGUGUUUCCUGGCUCAACCCGUAACCCUUCUGGACAUCUAUACACACUGGCAACAAACCUCAGAGCUUGGUCGGAAGCGGAAGGCAGAGGAAGAUGUGGCACUGCAAGCUAAGAAGACCCGUGUGUCAGACCCCAUUAGCACCUCAGAAAGCUCGGAAGAGGAGGAGGAAGCAGAAGCCGAAACCGCCAAAGCCACCCCAAGACUAGCAUCUACCAACUCCUCAGUCCUGGGGGCGGACUUACCAUCAAGCCUGAAAGAAAAAGCCACGGCAGAGACAGAGAAAGCCGGCAAGACUGGGAACUCCAUGCCACACCCUGCCACUGGGAAGACGGUGACCAACCUUCUUUCUGGGAAGUCUCCCAGGAAGUCAGCAGAACCAUCAGCAAAUACUAAGUUGGUCUCAGAAACUGAGGAGGAGGGGAGUGUCCCGGCCUUUGGAGCUGCUGCCAAGCCUGGGAUGGUGUCAGCAGGCCAGGCCGACAGCUCCAGCGAGAACACCUCCAGCUCCAGCGAUGAGACAGAUGUGGAGGGGAAACCCUCAGUAAAACCAGCCCAGGUCAAAGCCUCAUCGGUUUCUACUAAGGAGUCUCCAGCAAGAAAGGCGGCCCCAGCCCCUGGGAAGGUGGGGGAUGUGACACCCCAGGUCAGAGGAGGGGCCCUGCCGCCAGCCAAGAGGGCCAGGAAGCCAGAAGAGGAGUCAGAGAGUAGUGAGGAGGGGUCUGAAAGUGAGGAGGAGGCCCCUGCAGGGACACCAAGCCAGGUAAAGGCCUCUGAAAAAAUUCUCCAGGUCAAAGCUGCCUUGACCCCUGCCAAGGGGACCCCUGGGAAAGGGGCUACCCCAGCACCCCCUGGGAAGGCAGGGGCUGUAGCCUUCCAGACCAAGGCAGGGAAGCCAGAGGAGGACUCGGAGAGCAGCAGCGAGGAAUCGUCUGACAGUGAGGAAGAGACGCCAGCUGCCAAGGCCCUGCUUCAGGCAAAGGCCUCAGGAAAAACCCCUCAGGUCGGAGCUGCAUCAGCCCCUGCCAAGGAGUACCCCAGGAAAGGAGCUGCCCCAGCGCCCCCUGGGAAGACAGGGCCUACAGUUGCCAAGGCCCAGACCGGGAAGCAGGAGGAGGACUCGCAGAGCAGCAGUGAGGAAUUGGACAGUGAGGAGGAGGCGCCUGCUCAGACGAAGCCUUCAGGGAAGACCUCCCAGGUCAGAACUGCCUCGGCCUCUGCCAAGGAGUCUCCCAGGAAAGGGGCUGCCCCAGCGCCUCCUAGGAAAACAGGGCCUGCAGCCACCCAGGCCCAGGCAGGGAAGGAGGAGGAGGACUCGGGGAGCAGCAGUGAGGAGUCAGACAGUGACAGGGAGGCACCAGCAGCCAUGAACGCAGCUCAGGUGAAGCCCUUGGGGAAAAACCCCCAGGUGAAACCUGCCUCCACCAUGGGCACGGGGCCCUUGGGGAAAGGCGCCGGCCCAGUGCUACCUGGGAAGGUGGGGCCUACAACACCCUCGGCCCAGGUGGGGAAGUGGGAGGACUCAGACAACAGCAGUGAGGAGUCAUCAGACAGCGAUGACGGAGAGGUGCCCACAGCUGUGGCCCCGGCUCAGGAAAAGUCCUUGGGGAAAGUCCUCCAGGCCAAACCUGCCUCUGGUCCUGCCAAGGGGCCCCCUCAGAAGGCACGGCCUGUAGCCAUCCAGGUCAAGGCUGAAAAGCCCACAGAAGACUCAGAGAGCAGCGAGGAGUCGUCGGACAGUGCGGACGGUGAGAAGGCACCAGCAGCCGUGACUGCAGCUCAGGCAAAACCAGCUCUGAAAAUUCCUCAGACCAAGGCCUGCCCAAAGAAAACCAAUACUGCAUCUGCCAAGGUCACCCCUGUGCGAGUGGGCACCCAAGCCCCCCGGAAAGCAGGAACUGCACCUUCUCCAGUAGGCUCAUCCCCAGCUGUGGCUGGGGGCCCCCAGAGACCAGCAGAGGAUUCUUCAAGCAGUGAGGAAUCAGAUAGUGAGGAAGAGAAGACAGGUCCUGCAGUAACCAUGGGACAGGCAAAGUCUGUGGGGAAAGGCCUCCGGGUGAAAGCAGCCUCAGUGCCUGUCAAGGGGUCCUUGGGGCAAGGGACUGCUCCAAUACUUCCUGGGAAGACGGGGCCUACGGUCACCCAGGUGAAAGCUGAGAUGCAGGAAGACUCUGAGAGCAGUGAGGAGGAAUCAGACAGUGAAGAGGCAGCUGCAACUUCAGCACAGGUGAAAACCUCAGUUAAAAAAACCCAGGCCAAAGCCAACCCAGCUGCCGUCAGAGCAUCUCCAGCAAAAGGGACAAUUUCAGCUCCUGGAAAAGUUGUCACUGCAGCUGCUCAAGCCAAACAGAGGUCUCCAGCCAAGGCGAAGCCACCAGUGAGAAACCUCCAGAACAGUACCGUCUUGGUGAAGGGCCCAGCAUCUGUGCCACCUGUGGGGAAGGCCGUGGCUGCAGCAGCUCAAGUCCAGACAGCGCCAGAGGAGGACUCGGGGAGCAGUGAGGAGGAGUCAGACAGUGAGGAGGAGACGGAGAUGCCGGCUCAGGCGAAGCCUUCAGGGAAGACCCCCCAGGUCAGAGCUGCCUUGGCUCCUGCCAAGGAGUCCCCCAGGAAAGGGGCUGCCCCAGCGCCUCCUGGGAAGACAGGGCCUUCGGCCACCCAGGCGGGGAAGCAGGAUGACUCAGGGAGCAGCAGCGAGGAGUCAAACAGUGAUGGGGAGGCACCGGCAGCUGCAACCUCUGCCCAGAAGGACAGUAACUCCAAACCUGCCAGAAGCAAGACCCUGGCCCCAGCACCUCCAGAGAGGAACACGGAGGGGUCCUCGGAGAGCAGUGAGGAAGAGCUGCCACUGACCCAGGUGAUUAAACCCCCUCUGAUUUUUGUCGACCCUAAUCGUAGUCCAGCUGGCCCAGCUGCUACCCCCGUACGAGCCCAGGCUGCGAGCACCCCGAGGAAGUCCCGAGCCUCGGAGAGCACAGCCAGGAGCUCCUCCUCCGAGAGCGAGGAUGAGGACGUGAUCCCCGCUACACAGUGCUUGACUCCUGGCAUCAGAACCAACGUGGUGACUGUGCCCACUGCCCACUCAAGAAUAGCCCCCAAAGCCACCAGCAGCAGCAAGGAGUCCAGUCGGAUAUCAGAUGGCAAGAAACAGGAGGGACCAGCCACUCAGGUGUCAAAGAAAAACUCAGCUUCCCUCCCACUGACCCAGGCUGCCCUGAAGGUCCUCGCCCAGAAAGCCAGUGAGGCUCAGCCUCCUGUUGCCAGGACCCAGCCUUCAAGUGGGGCUGACAGUGCUGUGGGAACGCUCCCUGCAACGAGUCCCCAGAGCAACCCCGUCCAGGCCAGAGGGACCAACAAGCUCAGAAAACCUAAGCUUCCUGAGGGCCAGCAGGCCACCAAAGCCCCUGGGAGCUCAGAUGGCAGUGAGGACAGCAGCGACAGCUCUUCAGGGAGUGAGGAAGAUGCUGAAGGGCCCCAGGUGGCCAAGUCGGCCCACACGCUGGUAGGUCCCACCCCCUCCAGGACGGAGACCCUGGUGGAGGAGACUGCAGCAGAGUCCAGCGAGGAUGAUGUGGUGGCGCCAUCCCAGUCUCUCCUCUCAGGUUAUGUGACCCCUGGACUAACCCCAGCCAAUUCCCAGGCCUCAAAAGCCACUCCCAAGCCAUACUCCAGCCCCUCAGUUUCCUCUACUCUGGCCACCAAAGAUGACCCAGAUGGCAAGCAGGAGGCAAAGCCCCAACAGGCAGCAGGCAUGUUGUCCCCUAAAACAGGUAGAAAAGAGGCUGCUUCAGGCACCACACCUCAGAAGUCCCGGAAGCCUAAGAAAGGGGCUGGGAACCCCCAAGCCUCAACGCUGGCGCUGCAAAGCAACAUCACCCAGUGCCUCCUGGGCCAACCCUGGCCCCUGAACGAGGCCCAGGUGCAGGCCUCGGUGGUGAAGGUCCUGACCGAGCUGCUGGAACAGGAAAGAAAGAAGGUGGUGGACGCCACCAAGGAGAGCAGCAGGAAGGGCUGGGAGAGCCGCAAGCGGAAGCUAUCGGGAGACCAGCCAGCUGCCAGGACGCCCAGGAGCAAGAAGAAGAAGAAACUGGGGGCCGGGGAAGGUGGGGAGGCCUCUGUGUCCCCAGAAAAGACCUCCACGACUUCCAAGGGGAAAGCAAAGAGAGACAAAGCAAGUGAUGAUGUCAAGGAGAAAAAAGGGAAGGGGUCUCUUGGCUCCCAAGGGGCCAAGGAUGAGCCAGAAAAGGAGCUUCAGAAGGGGAUGGGGAAGGUUGAAGGUGGAGAUCAAAGCAACCCAAAGAGCAAGAAGGAGAAGAAGAAAUCCGACAAGAGAAAAAAAGACAAGGAAAAAAAAGAAAAGAAGAAAGCAAAAAAGUCCUCAACCAAAGAUUCUGAGUCACCGUCCCAGAAGAAAAAGAAGAAAAAGAAGAAGACAGCAGAGCAGACUGUGUGACGGGCACCAGCACCAGGCACAGACCCCACAGGCCCAAAGGCUUCGGGACUUCCCACCGCCUUGCUCCACAGAUCCAGCUAGGCCUGACCUGUGCUUCAUCCCAUGCCACUCGGUCUCUGGCUGAUCCCGAGGCUUUGUCUUCCUCUCAUCAGUUCUUUUGGUUGUGUUUUCUGGUUUUUUUUUAAAUAACUCAAAAAAAUAAAAGACUUAGAGGAAGGGUGCAAGCUCCCAGUGCAUCUGGGGCACACAUUUCUCGGGACUGUCUUGCCGACACUCGGGAUUCCUUCUUGCCUGCGUGUUGAGGCUGUGGGUGACUGGUUAGUGGGUCAGGCGGUGAGCUUAAGAGACGCAGUGAAGUGCCUGGGUGCUGAAUUGGUGAGGAAGGCUUCCUGGAUGAGGCGGCAUCUAAACUAAAGGAUGGUCAUGGUUGAUUUCCUGUUGCCAGAGUAAGUCAUGCAAAUACCCAAAGACAAGAAAUGGAAGGGGCUGAGAAUCCUUGAGUUAGGCCUCAACCUAGGGGCAGGCUCCCUGGAGGUGCAUGGUGAACAGCUGUGGCAGGCACAGCAGGUCUAGGAAAGUCGGGAGUGAGGUGCCCCUCACAUGGAGCUCACCAUGAUUCUGUGGUGGUGAGGGUGCAAGUGGAUGAACAUGAAAGACAGGAUGAUGUCUUGGGUGUGGACUGAGGGAGGGGAGGGGUAGCAAGGGAGGUGGUCUGCUGCUCUGGGCUGGGAAUGCAGAAGCCCACUUCCCUGGGCCCAGAGCCAUAUGGAACACCAGGGGUCCUGGAGAUGUCUCCAAAGCUUUUAGCCUCAUACUGGAAACAGCCAGAGGCAGUGCAGAAAAGGAAUGCGCGGCUGGAGGUGUCAGAGACCCAGGUUGGCAUCCAGCUGCACCCUUGACUCGGGGCCUGGGGCCAGACCCUCCCCCAUCUGGCCUCUCCUCUGAAGCAUCCUCUGAAGCAUGUUGCUCUAGAACACAACUACAGAGUAGUGUCCUCAUUGGGCCUUGUUUGACCCACAGCAAGACUUGAAAAUUAAACAUGGGGUGGAUUGCACGGCAGUUGUUGAUUUCUGGCUCCUCUUAAAAAGACAACAUCUGGCAGCGGGGGCUGUGCUCCAUCCUGGCAGCAACCAGAUAGAGCUGAGUAGCAGUCAGCCCCUUAGGUAGGGCAUGGGCACCCAGUCUUCCACAGUCCCCUACUUCCUGUCCAUCCUGACACGGAGGCCCUGUUUCGGUUGCCAUCUGUCAUCACAUUCGCACUGUUCUUAGUAUAGAAAUGAAAUUGGGGACAUAGGAAAAUGAAAGCUGUACCAAGAAGAGCUUGUGCUUAAACUAGGCAAGAGCCUAUUUCUUUUUGGAAGUAAAGAGUGUUCGUGUGUGUGAAACAUGUAAUCAAGUAUAUCUGUGUCCAAAGACUGCAGGCCCCCCCAGGCAUCUCUGGGUUCCUUGGGCUGUAUUCUCCCACCUAAGUGACUGGAUUUAGCAUCUUGAGUAACCUCUUUAGGAUAAAUGAACUAGAUCCCAACAGAAGAGCCAGGAGCCAGAGUGUUCUACUUACUACCUUUUAUUCUAACAUGAACCAUGGCCCUGAUAGCUGAUACAAGCUUGGCUGAGCAGAGGGAACUAGGGGUCAGCAGAAAGGAUUAUGGGUGGAAAAUCUUGGCUCUCCCUUGGGGAGUGAUGCUGGGGAAAGGGAAGAGAGUGGCUCAGCCUGCAGGUAAAUAGGCUAGAAAAGCCGAGGCCAAAGGCCAGAGGGGAAAGGACAGUCAGCCUGUCCAGCCUGGGGGUAGGGUUAUCCCUUCUUCCUGUGCCUUCCCACCUUGUCCAUGAGCCCAGAUCUCAGAGCCUUGUGUUGGAGGCUGCCGUGAUGUCAGGAAUGGGGUUCCGUCUAGCUUUUGGCCACCUCCUGGGACCUCAUGCCCCUGUUGACAAACGGAGGUUGGGCAGCAGGGCCUUGCUGCAUUGUUAUCUGCUGUUCCGACUUGGUUUUUCGUUUCCAAGGGUGACGAAGAACCAGGUACCGGGGUUUCAUGGGAUGAGGUACAGGGUGGGAGAUCGGGGAGGGGCUGGGGACCGAAGGGAGCAA